CAACAUCGGGAAAGUUUCUACUAAUUUUUUCUUCUUGACGACAUAGCAGCAAGCCAAGUCUACGCUGAUCUAUAAACAAUUACAGCAUAGCCAUUCCUUUUUCCCAAAUCAUUUGCUUAAAGAAAGUAACGCCCCUGCAGCUUACACAAGAAAGGUUUUGCGCUAAGCCUCCUUUUGAAAGUGAGAGAUUUUGAAAUGCGUUAAACUUUAUUAUUUCUGUCCCAGUAAUUCUCGAAGCUCUCAAAAAAAAGGAUGCUUAUCAAUAUUAAUGAUAAUAUUUAUAUCCACAAGAGGCAGGGUUAAGCUUUCAAACAGUUGAGGAGGCCCGUAUAAUUGUGUUUAAAGAACCUAUACCAAACAAAGUCAUGACAGGUCACGUGAUCAGAAGAGAAAGUGUCCCCAAUGAAGGGAGCUGUCGAGUGAAGUGUUAUAUGGAGCCCAACUGUGUGUCCAUAAAUAUGGGACCAUUGACAGGAGGAAAGAUCAAAUGCGAAUUGAAUAACGCUACUGCAGAAAACGAAUUUGUGUUUGAUCUAAGAACCAAAGAUACCCACACUUAUCUGGCCAUCGAGGUAAGUGUCUUUGUUUAAAACUCUUUCUAGCUACAUAUAAUAUUUAGUUUUCUUACCCAGAGUGGAAGAGCCAGGAAUGCUAGCGGCCGCCGUGGGUUGCUCAACAAAGUUUUAAACGGGAGGCUCCGCCCCGUGGUCCAACCCCUUACCCUUCUACAUAACAUUUUUGGCAGAAAAGGUACCCCUUUCGUUACUUUCUACGGAAAUCAGCGUUCUUGUGUGUGAACAGAAACCCUAUCCGGUAAGGUUUUCGCGCUGGCACAAAAGUUAUCCGGUUUAAUAGUGUGAACGUAAUUAACAUAGCUUAAAAAUUACAAUAUAAUAGAAUAUUAUAGAGUAGAUAACAUGCAAAAACAGGGUAAAUAAUUAAGAAACGGUCCAGAUAAGAACGACAGUAAUUAAACAACGGCAACGAACAUGUUGGAAUGCAAAAAAGGUGCUAACUUUUCUAUUGUCUGUACUUACUUCUGAUUGGCUUAAAUAGCAAAAGUUAACAAAACUUCAUAAAGCGGUACAUAUAUUCAUCCUUGCUUUCCAACCAUCUUCCAUAUAACAAAAUCUGGUCUCAGUUUGAAUAACAAAGAAAUCCUUUUCUUGGCUUUUGUUUUCAACUCUUGUGAUUGGUCAAAAUCUUUUGACACAAAAAUACACCCUUUCAAAGUGGAGUGUAAAUGCAUUUUAUUGCGUAAACGGCCUUAAGGUAGGUUUAUGCAUAUUAUGUGUAAAAAUGAGAGCAUUUCUAUGUGGGGAAAGCACCGUUGCCGCAUAACAAAAGAAAUUGCUAUCCACCUUACCCGGAUCAUUACUUAAGCUAAAAAUGGUCGCUAAAAUUACAAGAUAAAAAAUUUGCGUAAAACACACACGGUUAACCCCAUUUCGCGGAGACAAACUCACAUACUCUGUUAACUCUUGUUGGCCCUUUGGUACAAAACCACAAUGCCGGACAGUAAGGAACUCAUGAAGAGUUCACGUCAUGUACUCUCAUUCUCUCAAGCAUGGUGGUUGUAGCAUGUAAUUGUUUAUGGUUGUUGCUCCUUAUUCCAGAAUCCCUGUAGCAGUAGUUCAUGUCUAAACAACGGUACAUGUCAAGCUGGAUUCACAAGUAAAGGGUUUCGUUGUAAAUGUCUUCCGGGAUUCUCUGGAACAAACUGCCGUGCAGGUACGUGCAUGCAACAAUUGUCGAUACAAAGAUGAAAAAAUCAGCAUUAGGGCCCAGCGAGGAUAGUAAGAGGUAGGACGAGGCAUUUUUGUCGUCUAGAUUAUGACAAAUUAAAAAGCACGUUUGGUGAACAAUGGCACGUGCCAAGCUGAAUUCAAAAGUAAAGGCUUCGCUCUAAAUGUUUAAUAGGAUUCACUGGGAAUCUUUGCGACCGGCUAAGUACGGCUACAUCUUAAAUGGUAGACUAAACGGCUUGUCAGAUGUCUGAAUCGCUGUAUAUUUCUUUCGCGAUUCGCUAGAGCAAACUGCUUUGCAGGUAGGCCCAUUUUCCUACAAAUUUGACCAUUUAAAUCAUCUAGGCUCAGGUAUGCUCAGAGCUAGAGGUAUGUCUUUACACCCACACCAAGACCGUCAUAAAGAUGAGUGCAAUUAAAGAAUGAAAUGUCAAGUCAAGUAAAAAAAGUAGAAUAUUUUUUAAAAAUUUGUUGGUUUUGUGGCACACUUAAAAUACUUAUACUAAGUAUACUACUUAUAAUAAGUACCAAGAGAGGAUAAUGGAUAGUCUAUACCUUCUUUUCAAUACUUAUGAGAGUUACUAGGUCCUGGGGAGAUUGCCAAGAGUUUUGAUUUAUAACUAAUCCUGGUUAUUUUCAAUCACUGUAUUUAGCCAAAUCAUGCAGUAACCUGAAGAAAAUUAAGCCUGGAGCAGAAAGUGGAAGCUACGUCAUUGACCCUGAUGGAGAAGGUGGCUUGCUUCCUAUGUAUGACGUCAUCUGUGACAUGACCGACAAAAAUGGAGUUGGCGUGGCAGUCAUCAGUCACGACAGCGAGAACAGAACCUUGGUGAAAGGAUACGAACGUAAAGGUAACUACUCGCGUGACAUUCAUUACACAGGAGCGAGUCUGUCUCAGCUAGCGAGUCUCACCACAGUCUCCCUGCGCUGUGAGCAGUUUAUCAAGUAUGAGUGUUAUCUUUCAAAGUUACUGAAUUCCGAUAAAAAACGUCCAUUCGGAUGGUGGGUGUCACGUGAUGGCGAUAAGAUGACGUACUGGGGCGGAGCAACUGAAAAUGGCAAAUGCCCCUGUGGAAUGAACAAGACAUGUGCAAACUCCAACCUUGGUUGUAAUUGCGAUAACAAUGACAACGAGUGGCGUGAAGACAGUGGUUUCCUCACUAACAAAACAAAGCUUCCGGUCAAGCAGCUCAGGUUUGGAGACACUGGAGGUACAAAAGAACAAGGUUACCAUAUUCUGGGGAAAUUAAAAUGUUAUGGUAUCGCUUGA